AUGGUGGCCCGAGCCAGGCGCCUCAUUGAGCUUUACAAGGAAGCUGGGAGUCAGCAAGGAGAGAAUUCUUAUCAAGCUGUCAUCAACCUGGGAGGGAAUUCAGGCUGGAAGACCCCACUGAGCCCCAGGUUUGUGCUUGGUGUGAAUGUGCUAUUCUGCCACCCACGUGGAGACUCAGCUGCACCCACCUGCCACAGGGAGCUGGAGGAGCAGCACAGCAUCCACUGCAACAUGGACGCUGCUCUUCCUCUCCUUCGCCCAGGCGGUGGCCUGUGCCGAGGCGGGCGUGACCGCUUGUGUCUCCUUUUGUGGGGCGCAUCCUGGAUUGGCACAUGGCCCAACACAGACAGGAAGUCCUUCGAGCCCUGGAGGACCCUGGUGAGCUACCUCUUGAGAGCGUCCACCAAAAUCUACAACUACUACAAGAAGUUUGGCUACAAGACCAUUGUCAUGGGUGCCUCCUUCCGCAACACGGGCGAGAUCAAAGCACUGGCAGGCUGCGACUUCCUCACCAUCUCACCCAAGCUCCUAGGGGAGCUGCUUAAAGACAACACCAAGGUGGCACCUGUGCUCUCAGCCAAGGGAGCCCAGGCCAGUGACUUGGAGAAGAUACACCUGGAUGAAAAGGCCUUUCGAUGGCUGCACAAUGAGGACCAGAUGGCCGUGGAGAAGCUCUCUGAUGGGAUCCGAAAGUUUGCUGCUGAUGCUGUGAAGUUGGAGCGGAUGCUGACGGAACGAAUGUUCAGUGCAGAAAACGGCAAGUAGUAGCAUCUGAGGCUGGACCAGACCUGGGGCCGACUGCACAUGGCUUGUGAUGAAUCGUGCGUUUUUUUUCAGCAAUCGGAACAGGGACAGAUCAUAGGUUUCUGAUUUUUUUGUAAAAUUUUGCCUAAUGCAUUAAAGCAAUUGCUUUUUCCUGUG